AAGGCAGAUCUCGCCGCUGACGCAAUUACGUCGCAUUCACUGUACUUAAAAGGGCGUUACCAUCCAGAUAAUCUGUUCUGUAAUGUCGAGCGACUAGAACCACCUACAAAGUAUUUUUGUUCCGUGAGUCUAAACACGUUUAACGGUGUCACUUCUCCAUCUCGUUCCCAAUCAGACAGCCCGUGGUCAGACAUGGCGACCCAGUGUGUGACCAAGGUGGAGCUGACCGUGUCCUGUGAGAACCUCCUGGACAAAGACAUCGGCUCCAAGUCCGACCCGCUGUGCGUGCUUUUGAUGAACAGCUCCGAUUCCCAGUGGUAUGAGGUGGGCCGCACGGAGAAAGUCCAGAAUUGCCUGUGCCCGAGGUUUGCAAAAAAAUUUGUCAUCGACUACUACUUUGAAAUAGUGCAGCAACUGAAGUUCGGGAUUUAUGACAUCGACAACAAAACUGUUGAUCUGAGUGACGACGACUUCUUGGGGCAACUGGAGUGCACCUUGGGCCAGGUCGUGUCCAGUAAAAAACUGACCCGACCCCUUGUCUUGAAGAACAAGACGCCUGCAGGAAAAGGGACCAUCACAAUCAGUGCAGAAGAAAUAAAAGAUAACCGGGUGGUGAAUUUUGAAGUUGAAGCAAGGAAACUAGAUAACAAGGAUUUCUUUGGGAAGUCCGACCCUUACCUGGAAUUCUACAAGCAGACCGCAACUGGAUGGCAACUGGCUCACAGGACCGAGGUGGUGAACAACAACUUGAAUCCGACAUGGAAACCCUUUCGAAUCCCCCUGCAAUCGCUGUGCGGAGCAGACCUGGAGAAACCGAUAAAAGUGGAGUGUUAUGACUACGACAACGAUGGCUCACAUGAUCUUAUUGGAGCCUUUGAGACUACAAUGACGCGCUUUCAACAAGCGUCACGAACGUCCCCGGCUGAGUUUGAAUGUGUCAACAGUAAAAAGAAACAGAAGAAGAAAGGAUACAAGAACUCUGGUGUUGUGAGCGUGAAGCUAUGCCAGGUGGUGAAGGAGUACACCUUCCUAGAUUAUAUUAUGGGAGGCUGUCAAAUCAACUUCACCGUGGCUAUUGACUUCACGGGGUCCAACGGGGAUCCCAAGUCUCCUCAGUCUCUGCAUUACAUCAGUCCCCAGGGCGUCAACGAGUACCUCUCUGCUACCUGGUCUGUGGGCAACGUCAUCCAGGACUACGACAGUGACAAGAGGUUUCCUGCCUUUGGCUUUGGAGCACAAGUCCCUCCCACAUGGCAGGUUUCCCACGAGUUUCCUCUCAACUUCAACCCAGCAGAUCCAUUUUGUGCUGGCAUUGAAGGUGUGGUGGAGGCCUACAGGGUGUGUCUGCCACAGGUCAAACUUUACGGCCCCACCAACUUCUCCCCAAUCAUCAACCAUGUGGCCUGCUUUGCUAAGCAAGCCCUCCAGCAGACCACUGCGUCACAAUACUUUGUUCUGCUGAUCAUCACUGACGGAGUGAUCACCGACAUGGAUGAGACACGCGGCGCCAUCGUCAACGCCUCUCGUCUGCCCAUGUCCAUCAUAAUUAUUGGAGUGGGCGGGGCCGACUUCAGCGCCAUGGAGUUCCUGGACGGAGAUGACGGACGUCUGCGCUCUCAGACUGGCGAGGCCGCCAUGCGAGACAUCGUCCAGUUUGUGCCGUACCGACAGUUCCAAAAUGCUCCUCGAGAAGCUCUGGCCAAGAGUGUGUUGGCAGAAGUACCAGGUCAGCUGGUGGACUUCUUCACUACCAUGAAGCAGAGUCCACCCAACUCUAAUGCUCCACCACCCGCUGCAGGUACCAUCUGAUAACACAAGGCCAAAACCAGAUACAGAGCAAGCUCAUUUCCUGCAGAUCCCAGCUUCUCCUCAUCACCCAAUUGGACAGAUGUCCUUCCUUCACUUUCACUUCACACCUUUUUUUCUUUUCACCAGUUCAGGGAAAUGCCAGCGUGCAGCUUUAGUGAAACACACAUAGGACAUUAAAAAAACUCCACACUAUUGACCAUACUGUGUAUUUAAUGUCAAAAUAGACCUAUUUUUUGUUCGAUAUGAACAUCCACAUGUGUUCAUUUGAGCUGCUAUUCAGUUCGACUGCAUUUAAAAAAUGGAAAACAAUCAUUCCGUCAUAAGGUCGGAAAAUUACACUUUUAAAACGUUUUUUUGCUGCCAUUGUUUUUAAAGUACCUGUUGAAACAAAAUGGUGUACGACAAGCUUGAUAAUUCUCCUUGCAGACACAAUGCACUGUGUGUGAACCAGUCAGCUACAGUUUGUCAUGUUUCUAGCAUCGAGUUACAAUAGUUUUGUUAAAGGCUUUGACUCAUUAAGAAAUGAGUAAGUGGCUUAACUAAGUACAUCUCUUAUUAUAGUUAGUGGACCUUUCCACCAUAUGCAAUGUUUAUGUCCUCGCUGCAGCGCUGCUAGUAGCAUAAUGUUUAACCAAGAAGCUUGUUCACGUUAAUGGGUGCACCUGCUUCCCUAUGCACUUAUCUAAUGUUUUGCUCCUGACACUAUAUGAAAUGCCAAACUCUGCCUGUAGGUUAUAAACCUGUGUGGACCCAGAGCUGUUUAUACCUUGAAUAUGAAAUAUCGUGAUACUCGUUGUAUUGUGCCAGUCUCAUGAUGGUGGUCUAACAUUGUGCCAGUUACUUUUGGUUCAUUUUACCGUUGUGUCGUUCCUGGACAAGGACUAGCAAUUCCAAAUAUGACUGUCAGUAUUACACAUCCUGUCGCCAUAGAAACGAGCUACGUAGUGCUUUUUGAAAUCUAUGCAGAUAAACUAUAAAACAUGCAUCCAAUAUCAUGUUGUAUCAGCUUAUUGCUGUAAUAGAAAUGUGCCUUUGUCAAAUUUAAAGUACAUCAAUAUUAAAGAAUCUCUUAUUCAAUAGAGUUGAAUAUACAAAUUG